GAGCCAAUCAGAGGCGCCCUGGCUCUGCUCAUUAAUAUUAAGAAGCAGGGUAUGUAGGCUACGCCGAGAAGCUCGUACUGCGCAUGCGCGCAAUUCUGCCUCCAACAACAAGAAGCAGGAGCCAGACAACAUGGCCGACCUGGGAAAGAAGUACUGUGUUAACUGCCUUGCAGACGUUACAAACCUGCGGCUUCGCUGCACCGACUGCCCCGAUAUCGAACUGUGUCCGGAGUGUUUCUCGGCGGGCGCAGAAAUCGGUAAUCACCGGAGAUGGCACGGCUACCAGCAGGUCGACGGCGGUCGCUUCUCGCUCUGGGGUUCCGAGGCAGAGGGAGGCUGGACCAGCAGGGAAGAGCAGUCGCUACUCGAUGCCAUCGAACAAUAUGGAUUUGGAAACUGGGAGGACAUGGCUGCUCACGUUGGAGCAUCCCGAACUCCUCAGGAAGUUAUGGAACACUAUGUCACCAUGUACAUUCACGGAAACCUGGGUAAGGCCUGCAUCCCCGACAACAUUCCCAACCGGGUGACGGACCACACUUGCCCGAGCGGGGGCCCUCUGUCGCCUAGCCUCACCACCCCGCUCCCUCCGCUGGAUAUCAGCCUGGCUGAGCAGCAGCAGCUGGGCUACAUGCCACUACGUGACGACUAUGAGAUUGAAUAUGACCAGGAUGCAGAGAAGCUCAUCAGUGGGCUGUCUGUGAACUAUGACGAUGAGGAUGUAGAAAUUGAAAUGAAACGUGCUCAUGUGGACAUGUAUGUGCGCAAGCUCAGAGAACGCCAGCGACGUAAGAACAUUGCCCGGGACUAUAACUUGGUGCCUGCUUUCCUGGGCCGAGACAAAAAAGACAAGGAGAAGGAGAGACCUGGAGUGCUGGGAGUCAUAAGCAGUGCUGGUGGUGUGAGUGGUGCAGGAGCUGGCGGUGGCACUAUUGGUUUAGGUUCCACAGCAGGAGCAGGAUCAGGUCCUGUUACCAGUACGCCCAAAAGAAAGAUCACUAAAGAAGAGAAAGAGCAGCGGGUCAGACUGCGGGGGCUCUGUCAGUUCAUGGCCCAUCGGGAGUUUGAAGACUUCUUUGAGAACAUGCAUAAAGAGCGUGUGUUAAGGGCCAAGGUGCGUGAGCUGCAGCGCUAUCGCCGCAAUGGCAUCACCCGCCUGGAAGAGUCUGCUGAAUAUGAAGCGGCGCGCCACAAACGGGAGAAACGCAAGGAGAACAAAAGUGUGGUCACCUCAAAACGGGGUAGCGGAGGAGGGGGUGGGCUUGGCUCUGGGAUGGGAGGGGGGGUUGGAGCUGGUGGAGGAGGAGGCAUUGCUGGAGGGUUGGGGGUCGGAGGUGGGAUCAAAGAAGAAGGAAAAGAUGGUGAGUUUGCUGCCAUCGAGAAUCUGACGGGCUUUGAGCUGCUGUCAGACAGGGAGAAGGUGCUGUGCAACUCUCUGAACCUCAGCCCAGCACGCUACCUGACUGUCAAAACCAUCAUCAUCAAAGAUCACCUGCAGAAAAGGCAAGGCAUUCCGGCCAAGAGCCGGCUGCCAAGCUACCUGGACAAGGUCCUCAAAAAGCGCAUUCUCACCUUCCUCACGGAAAGUGGCUGGAUAUCCCGAGACGCCUUGUAGUGAUCUGUAUUUGGUCAGGAAGUAAUGAGCUGAUGAUCUCUGAUAGCUGUUUUGCUAUAAGCUUCAUAGGCAGACAAAACUACUGGCUUUUUUCAAUAGUGACGUUGUAAAUAUGUACAUUGCAAAGAAAGACAAUGCAUCACUGGAUAAAAAGUCUAUUUUUAUACCAGGGCUAGAAACAAAAAUAAGCCUAUAUUUUUACAUUUGGAAAGGGACAGGAGUGAAAAACAACUCUGUGGGUUCACAUUACUUUGUAUCAAUCUUGUUACGUUAUGAAUGAGAACUACAAUGCUAACUAGUAGUACAUAGUUGCAGAGAUAUUUUAGUGUUCUUGAUUCGCUGAAAAUUUAAAAUCCUGACAUCAACAGGCCAAAGGCUGUUGCAUGCUGAAAAGAAGGGUAAAUGAGAACAUUAUUGUUCCUGGAAAUGUAUGAGAGUUGUGACUUCUGGAUGAAUGCUUGUCACUGAUGGGUGACAAAAAUGAUCACUGUUGUGAGAUGUUUUUCAUGAUCUGCUAAACCCUACCGAAGUUGAUCAACUUUGUUUGCUGUUUCAUCAGUUAAAGCUGGGCCCAGUAACUUUCCAGCAAGAGCAAACUGUUUGAUUUUUCUAACAUUUUAAAGAGGUAAAAUUGAUUUUUGAAGUGGGGCUGUAUGGGGUGCUUAUCCAUAGUCAGUGUAUUACCUACACUAGAUAACAGUCAGCACACUCCCAGUUCGGAGAAACAGACAGGAGUAUCACUAUGGAAGCUAAAGCUCUGUUUCCACUGAGCAGUUAGGUAUGGUUCAAUCCAGUUCAGUACACAUUUUUUCCAUUUCCACUGUGAAAAGUUGUGGAUGGUACCAAUGAAACUGUUCCUAACCAUCCCCAUUUUUGGUCCCCCAUCUGUUGGGGUACCUAGAACACAGAUCUAGUACUUAAAGGUGGAGCUAUAAACACUGCAGUCCGCUGAUUGGUCAAUAAAGGAUGGUCACUCUGCUCAGGGCUGAGUUGUGGCUGGUUUUGAGGCUUAUGUAACCACUGUUCAUACUGUGGCAAGUCAUACAUAUAUUAAUAAACUAUAACUAUGAAAUGAAAGGAUGUCUUGCUGCCUCUAGCAGCAGGUGUAGUCUGAGGAAAAAAUAACCUCAUUCAGUGGGCCGACUGCCGGCUUUUAAGGUGGAAGGUUUAUUUGUAAUGUUAUUGAAUGCAUGAGUUGAGGAUGUGAAUUAUCUCUUGGAUGACAUACACUUUUAAUAAUGAGUGGGUCUUCAAGAGUUUAAAAAUAUAUAUUAAUUUCGCUGGAUUAUGUAAACUGUCUGUGCCACCAGAGAAGAGGAAAUACAGCGAGCGCUGGACGGAGCAGUGAGUGACAACAACGCCGCCCACAUUUAGGAGUACAGUUUGCAGUGGAAACACUAAACGGAUCUAGGGUCCAGGUACCAUGCCUGAAAGGUUACUUUUGGUUCAAAAGGUACUAUAUCGAAAGUGUUUGGUGGAAACAGGGCUUAAUAGUGUCUUCUCUGGAUAGGGGUUAGCAGCAAAUGAUACUUUGGCCACUUAAAAAACGUCAGACUGGCACUUGCUGCAGAGCACUGUUGUACCCAACCAUCAGGUAAAAUUACACUAAACACCUACAAAUAAAUAAAAACACCCUCCAAACAACCAGUUAAGUGUGAAGCUCUGGCAUCGUCUAAUGCAGAAAGAUCCUGAGGUUGUGUUGUAACCAAGUCCCACUCAUGGCAGCAGUAGCUCUCUGGGUCCGUGAGCAUGCAUUUAUGGUUUACAUGGUUAGCUUCUGCUCUUUCUGGGCCUCCAGUUUCCACAUACGUUUCCUUUCUGUUUUUUGGCCUGUUGGAUCUCCCUCCGUAAAAGUUCUUCUUCUCUUUUCUCUGGCUAACAAACUGCUGAAAAUCAGACCCAAUCAGCUCACCUGCAGCGUAAUACAGUGUAGGCUAAUGUGUACAAAUACUGAGGUGCUGUGGUUGAGAAAAUGUCGUGGAAAAGACAGGGCUGUCUGAUGGCAAGGUAAAGUAGUGAACAAAUACUUAAUAUUACAGUCCAAUUAAAUUGAUAGAUUUUUCAGACAGGCUUUUUUUAUUAUUAUUAUUUCAAGUGGCUAAAGGACCGUUUGCUCCUAACCCACAUCCACAGCAGUACAACUUCCAUGGUGGGACUCCUGUCUGCUGCUCCAAACUGGGAGUGUGCAAACUGCCAUCGACUAUAGGUGAUACACCGACUAUGAAUAAGUACCUCGUACAGCUCGACUUAAAAAGAUCCAGACUAUCACCGUAGAGGCCUCAGUUUCCUAGAAAUUGUUGUGUAUCUUCAGUAAACUCAGUCAGUAAACUGAUUUUUUUUCUUCCUGCCUACAAGAGAAGGGAAAAAAAGCAGCAGGGUUCAGCCAUCGUCUAGCUCUUUUUGGAGUGAGCAGUUGUUACUGCCAGAAGGCACUCUGUAUCAGGGUCUGACAGAUAGAGGUUGACAUAGAGCUAAACCGAUAUAUCUGCUGUUGUUAGCUUAUCAUUGAUAUAUCAGUAUCAGCACAAAUGUCAGCCAGUUAGUGAGAAGAAAUGUAAUUUAAAAAAUGCCAAAGAAUAUUAAAAGAUCAUUUGGAGACAGUGUUGUUGUUACACAAUCUGUCCACCAGAGAGCACUGGCAAGUCGGUUUUUCAACUGUAAAAUCUCGCUCAGCACAUUUCUUUGUCACAAAUUUUAAUUUAAAAAGGAUCCUCAUCUUACAUAUUAAUCUGUUAUGUGUUUAUGGUUAAAGAAAUGGCUUAUGUAUUAUAUUUAACUCUUUAGAGUCCCAGAAAACUUGGCUUCAAUUGUAAGAAAGUAUUUCUCUUUAAAUAUUCAUAUAAGCAGCAAAAAAACCCAAACAUGUUUAUCCACUUAAUAACCAUUUAAACACUGGUAAAUAAAUGAAUAAAUAGUGAGGCAUGACAACUAACUGACAAAAUAUGAGCCUUUAAAUAUUCACAUGUAUUGGCUUUAAAAUCAGUUUCAGUCAGGCUCUAAUUUGUAUUUAAGUUUUGGUUUGUCACCUGAAGUUAGUAUGGAGGACAAAUCUCAACUUUUUAUGCCUCUGCGCCAGCGAUAGCCAUAGCCAGAGGCAUUAUGUUUUUGGGUUGCCUGUCGGCACGUCUGUCUAUACAUCCGUCCGUCCCUUCCUUGUGAACAUGAUAUCUCAAGAACCCCUCGAGGGAAUUUCUUCAAAUAUGGCACAAAUGUCCACUUGGACUCAAGAUUGAACUAAUUAGAUUUUGGUGGUCACGGAUCAAAGGUCAAGGUCACUGUGACCCUGUUUGUCUCAUUUUUGUGAGCGCGAUAUUUGGACAACACUGAAAUUUUAAAAAAAUUGGCACAAACAUUUAAUGUUCACUUGGACUCAACUAUUAGAUUUUGAUAGUCAAAGGUCAAGAUCAUUGUGACCUUGAUUCCAGCUCAUUCUCAUGAACAGGAUAUGUCCAGAACACCUUCAGGGAAUUUCCUCAAAUUUGACACAAACAUCCACUUGGACUGAAGAAUUAACUGAUAAGAAUUUGGUGGUCAAAGGUAAAGGUCACCGUGACCUCACAAAACAUGUUUUUGGCCACUCAAGAAUUCUUAGCUAAUUAUGAGAAAACAUCACACAUUUUUAUAAUAGGUUUAAAUGAUGAAGUGAUGACAUUUUAUAUCCAAAAGAUCAAAGGUCAACUUCACUGUAACAUCAUAAUGUUCUGCAUGAAACACUUUUCUGGCCAUUAUUCAGUGUCAUAUCCCAGGAACAGAAGGGGAUACAUUUGGUCAGAUACUGAAUUGGUGACACUUAUCUUGGCUGUUCGCUUGUUCAGUAAUUGUAGUUGAAUUAGGCCUACAAACCUUUACUUUUACAGAAACAGUGCAUCUUAGUGCAGUUUCAAAUGUUCUGCAGUCCACAGGUAAAAGAAGCUGGGUGUGUAAGGGACCAGGGGCCUCGUGUUCAAAGGGUGUGUACGCACUUUUCCACGGCAAAGUUCAGAUGUAUCAAAUGUAAUGACUGUGGAAAUGUGCGGUGCUUCAGGCCAACUUCAUGGCUGGCAUACGCACGUUUCUACAGCUGUUGAUCCUUUGGCGACACUUAGAGGUGAUGCUGGGAAACUGUUAUAAUAUAUAACUGAAAACAAUAAGUCCUGAGAGUCAUGUGCACAUCAGAGACACAUGAACAAUUAACACACCCACGUGUCUGCAAGUAGAUGAGUGGAUAUAAAAGCGUGCGCAAAAUGGUGCAGAAAAUACCGUUAACAACAAUGGCUGCGUUAACAGUAUUAAGACAUUGUAAAUGGUGCAAUAUGAAGAGAGCGUGUGUUCAGAGACAGAGAGGAUUUACUGGCACAUGAUGACAACUGGCUCAUCAGCCGCUUUAGGUUCCCGAGGGCAAUCCUCCUGGAACUGUGUGCAUAGCUGCGGCCAGCCUUGGAGCGACACGGCGAGGAGCCAUGCGCUGCCUGUAUCCAUACAGGUGCUGACGGACGGAAUUAUCCGCAUCCGUCAGCCAGGUAUAUCAAAUUCCCAUACAAUGCAGCUGAACAGGCCAACAUUAAAUCGCAAUUUGCAGCCAGAGCCGGUUUUCCUAAUGUAAUCGGAGCUAUCGACUGCGCACACAUUAAAAAAGCGCCAUGAUGAAGCAUUUUCAUUUGAUGAAUAUACAGAUCAUAUGUGAUGCGCAAAUGCAAUUAACCAACAUUGUGGCGAGGUGGCCUGGCACACUUUGGCGGUGGGCAGCUGUCCUCCGCUUCACGUCUACCACUUCUUUUUUAAUUCUGCGUGUUUACGCUUUUCUGACCCCACAGCACUGACAGCCUCACACACACUCUCCCACUCACUCCUCUUGUGUUUAGUAUUGAUGCCGGAGGACAGUGUGCGAAAAAGUAAAUUUUUGCGCGCCUCCACUUCAGUGAGUAGUGUCUCCAAUUCGCAUUCUGUUAAGUUUUUCUUUCUUCCCGUCUAACUCAUUCUUUAGUUUUAGUUUUCUGAUAGUGCAGAGAGGGGAAUCUCAGGUGUGGGACUCAUUUAAAUAUGAUUUGCAUAUUUAAAUGGCGUCCUGUGCUUGUGCGUAUAACGUUUUCUGGAUUUAAGCAUACGCCAUGUUUCAGUAGGAAAGGAAAGUCUUUGUACAUGAGACUCCUGGUGUAACUAGUUAUACUCAGAAAACAGUGGAAAAACCAAGCAGGGCUUCCAAGGGCAAAAUCAUAAAAAGAAAAAAUGAGGGAAGCCACUGUGAAGCAAAGAACACAUUCCUUUAAUGGCUCAAAUCUGCAGCAAACAGCAUAGGCAGGCCAAAAAACACAGAGGCUUAAACAUGCUGUCCACUCUGCGACGCGUUUCGAGUCAAACUCUUCUUCAGGCAGCAAUGGUAAGCGUGUGCAGUCUUUUCAACUAUAUAAGAUAAGAUUCAUUUAUUUAGUCCCGAAGGAAAUUUGUGUUGGACAUACACAGGCUGCUACCUAGGACAUAACACAUAACAUAAACAAGAAACACAAGUGCUGACAGUGCAGACAUAAAGACAUAAAGUGCGGUCGUAAAGUGCAUACCUAAAGUCCAUACCCACAUACUCCAUACAGACAUACAAUCAUAAAGUGCCUGCCUGCCUACCUAAAUGCAUGCAUACAUACAUACAUACAUACAUACAUACAUUACCGGCCUGUGUUCAACAGGGUAAUGGAUAGUGGAAUGAAUGAGAAUUUAUACCUGUUCGUAUAUAGGAAGGGGGGAGGAUUCAAUUAGUAAUCACUUCAUCUUAGUCAGGUGUGGAUAGGGUGUGGUCUGCAACACAGCUGAAUCAACUGAGACAAACCAAAAACUCUGUCUAAGGGAGCUUUCUGCUGCACAAAAAAUGCAUGGCAUUACAGUGCCUGAAAGAAAGAAAGAAGAAAGGCUAGUUAAUAGAAGCACUGAAAAUCUAGAGACCCAUUUAGGCCAUGUGGAGAUACUGUAUUUAAGUAUCCACCAUGCUUCUGCUUGUUAGAGUUUGCGUUCAAAGAGUAUUGCAGACUGCAGACCAAUUGGUUGGAUGUGUGUCUUUGUUUUGGUUGGAGUAAAGCAUCUCUGUCUGAGUAUAGGGCUCUCUUGUAAGCUAGUUAUACUGAAAUGCCAUCGUGCAAUUCCAAGAUUGUUUUAUUCAAGGCAGGCUAAUAUCACACCUCUUGUCUUUAACACUUAAAUGGCAGUGAUCCUCCUCAUUGUAUGCAUUUGAAUUUCCACUGUGCUAACACCGAACGUCUGCCCCAUGGGUGACCAUGUCAUAUGCACACAGCUUCCCAGGUGAUCUGUUAUGCUGUGCUCAAACUAUGGUACUUGUACCACUGUUGGCACACGACCUCCCUCUGGUGGUACAUGGAGGAAUCUCCUGAAUACUUUUCUAAAAAUUAAAUACAUUUAUUAAAACAUAUAUAAUAUUAUCAAAAUACUACAACAUUUGGAAUGAAAAUACUUACAUUUUGAGAUCCCUGAAAUUUAAUUGAAAAUACAGUUUUUCUUUAAUGUUUUAGUUUUGAUAUCUGCUUGCUAUGUAUCACUGUCAUGAACGUAGCUCAUACAUGAUUAGUUUUCGAGGUCAGCUGGGACGGUCAGAUAGUAAGCAGAGGCUAAAUGAAUGGUGUUAAAAUCCCUGCAGUUGUGUCUCCAAACAGGUGCUACUUGGAAGAGAAGUUAGAAUAGAGAAUAUUUCAAGCAGCUGUUGUACCUGAAGUGGAUGACAGUCAGCUGAGCUUGAGUGCUGGUGGCUAGUAGCUAGGCAUCACUUUAAAAGUAGAGCUUUGUUCAUUUUUGUGGUCAUUGAAAAGGUACGGCCUCCUCUACAUUGUACAACUGUGGAAGUUUUAAUGUUCCGUUAUAGUCAUCAUUCAUACUUAGUCAUAUUUCAUCGAUGUGGUGCUUCAAACCAUGUACAAGUUAGACACAACAGCUGUAUUUAAAGGAUAACUCUGCUGAUAUUUUAUAUUACUCUUAUUGCCAACAAAUCCAAUGAAAAGACAUUGAGGGUUACUUGGUCUGUAAGGGUGUUUGACCAAGUGGUAACCUCCGACAGAGUCCUGCAUGGGUCCCUUUUUGAAAAUCCGCACCCGCCCGUACCCAUAAAGCUCAGUCCGAGAACCAACCUUUUACCAGUCAUUAUGUCUAAGUCAAAGCUGCACCCGUUAAUAAAGUCCCACGUCCUGACCCACACCCAUGAUUAAACACACACAGGCCACAAUCACUCACAUUAAAGGACAACUUAGGUAUUUUUCAACCUGGGCCCUAU